GUUAAGGUAGGUGAAGUUGUGGGUGAAUGAGGAAUUGGUAUGUGUUUGGCGGCAGGUGAAAUACUAACUAAUCAGGAAUACAGAAUGAAUUGAAAAUCCAGCUUGCAUGAGGUUUAACGUACCUCAAUCUUCUUAAUAACUCACCUUACCAGUGUAAAUUCAUCACUGAUAAUCUACCACUGGUCCCACCACUACCGCGUGUCAGCUCUCUAUUCCUCAACCAAAUUCCAUUCUCUGCAGUUCCAGCGCCUCCAGUUAAUCACAAUUGACAACAGCCAAUCAACGUAAUCCUCUCUCUCUCUCUCUCUCUCUCGCGCACACACAUCAUCUGAUUUUGGGAAAUGAGCGUUACAACCAACUUAUGCAUUAGCAGCUGUGUUGAAUUUGUGGGGCGUUCCCAAAAGCCGAAAAAGCGGAAUUCUGCUUCUUUCAGCUUUUCCUAUCCACCUUUUUCUUUGAUUACUACUACUGCUCUUUCAUUUUCCAGAAGCUUCAAGUUCACCUCCGCCGUGCAAAAUACUUCUCCGCCGUCCUUUCCGAUGACCACUCCGGUUGCGGUGAAAGUCAACGCUUCCGCCACCGUCGGGGUUCCCGAUAACAAACUGGAAGCUUCAUCUGCUGGAACUGUUGGAGCUACUGACUUGUUGAUAGUUGGGCCAGGUGUGCUGGGACGUAUAGUGGCUGAAAAAUGGCGAGAGGUAUUUUUGUACAAAAGUGUCACGAAUAACUUUAUCUGCUCUGUAUUAGAGGAUAGAGUCAGUUCUUGAACAUGUAAUUUGUCAUGGAUGAUAUAGAAAGAGGCUUUUGUAAUAUAGUUCUAUGAAAGGGAGUUGGUUGUUUCUUAGGCCUAGGGAUCAACAUUGUUCUUGGAAAUAAAAAAUU